GUCUCGCGUUUUCCCACAAAAGGCAGAAUCCCUUCGUCCUUCUUUGGAAGCUUUUUUCAGUACAAGACACACAACGAGACGGGGAAUCUGAUGGCCUCACGUGACAAGAAACCGGCGAAGCCAUCGAGCAGCCGCACCGGCGGCAUACGCACGCUUUCGGAUCUGAACAGGAGGUCUGCUCCCGAUUCCGACAGCGACUCCGAUGGCCCCCAAGAGUACUACACCGGUGGGGAGAAAAGUGGCAUGCUUGUUCAAGAUCCUUCAAAGAAUAAUGAUGUAGAUGCAAUUUUCAAUCAAGCAAGGCAAUUGGGAGCUGUAGAAGGGCCUCUUGAAAAUCUUCAGCCAUCUUCAAGUUCAAGAAGCUUCACUGGAACUGGUAGAUUACUGUCAGGUGAAACUGUACCAUCUGCACCUCAGCAGCCUGAGGCUGUUACCCACAACAUAGUUUUCUGGUCAAAUGGUUUUACCAUAAAUGAUGGUCCUCUUAGGAGGCUGGAUGACCCCGAAAAUGCAUCUUUCCUGGAGAGCAUUAGAAAGUCAGAGUGUCCAAAAGAGCUUGAGCCUGCAGAUAGAAGGUCUCCUGUUCAUGUCAAUUUGAUAAGGAGGGAUGAGAAUUGCCCUGAACCAGAAAAGAGGCAUCAGGUUGCAUUUCAGGGGGUAGGAAGAACUCUUGGUAGCAGCAGCAACUCAACAGUUGCUGAACCCUCUGCAGCCUCCACUCUUAACACUGCUCCAACCGCUUCUGCAGGUCUUGUUGUUGAUGGAAAUUUACCAUCAACUUCAAUUCAGCUAAGGUUGGCUGAUGGGACUCGCAUGAUUGGCCACUUCAAUUUCCACCAUACUAUCAAUGACAUCCGUGCCUUCAUCAAUGCUGCUAGGCCUGGGACUGCAACAAAUUAUCAAUUGCAGCUGAUGGGAUUCCCCCCUAAACUCCUGACUGUUCCCACUCAAACCAUAGAGCAGGCAGGCCUUGCUAAUUCCGUUGUUAUCCAGAAACUCUAGCGAACAAGUUGCAUCAAAGUUAUCUGGCAUCUAGUUACUGCUUAGUCACUUAUUGUAUCUAAUGGAAAUAUUCCUAUCUACUUAAAAGACAUGAUUGUCGAUGCCCGAUAUACAUGAUGCAGGUUUUGAUUGCUGAUUAUGGUUAAAUUGGAAUCUUCUUCUGCAAUUUCUUUUCUUUUCUUAUUUCCACUGAAGUUUGUUUUCAUUUUUAACAUUAUCAUUCCAUUUUCCACAAAUCAAUGAUAUCGACUAUA